AUGGGCUUAAAGGGUACACCAAAAGUUUUGAAUAUACGAGCCGAGGGCCCUUUCAUUGAUAAAUUGCCGAAGGCAAAGAUACAUCUGGAGUGCGUUUUACAAUUAAAAACCUGCCGUAGGCUAGGGGACGCUAUACUGCCGAAGGCUGUGAAUAUAAAAAAUGCCGAGGACUUUCGGGACUCUCUUGUAACCCUGCCGCAGGCUAAGUGA